AUGUCAAAUGCUCAAUCUAUUGAUUUAUUGAGAGAAUUAAAUGCUAAACUCUUAACUGAGAUUGCGAAGCUUAGGAAGAAGAAUGCUGAAAUCCCUGAUCUUAGAAGGAAGUUUGCUGAGAUCGAGGCUGAAAAAAUUGAGCUUAAUAGUAAGAUUGCUGAGCUUCUAAGGCAGGCUGUGGAAGAGAGUAAACAGCAUGAUGAUGAGAAUGUCAAACUCAAGGUCAGAAUCGAGGAGUUGGAGAAAAACAAAGAAGAUUCUUCAGUCAAGAAUAUUAGGCAUAAUGUUGAGAUUGCUGAGAUUAAGGCUGAAAUAGUGAAGCUAAAAGAUAAUAAUGAAGAGAACAAAGAUGAUCAGAAGUCAUCAGAAGACAGAGAAAUAGAUGCUUUUCUGAACAAGGCAUGUAAGCAAAGUGUUAGUGAUGGAAUAAGACAAUACAAUAAGGAGAAGAAACUUAGCAAAGCAUUCUCUAACCAAGAUCAAGAAUCUGAUACCAGGUUGAUUAUAAAUAACUACAUAUCCUCUGGUACUUCUAUUUCUGAAAUUUUAGCUAGGAGCUCUUAUCAAAAUAGCCAUAGGAAGAAAGAUGCAGAAAACAUCAUACAAUUAAUAGCUGAUGGCAUUAAAGAUGAUGUCCAAUCGAAUGACAAAACCACUCCUUGCGAUGUAAUUUCAAUUGAGAGUUUCUGCCAAAAUUCAUCUAUAGAUUCAUUGCUUUCUCUAGCACAAUUAUUUAAUAAAGCGGAUGAUGUUAAAUAUGAUGGAAAAGACAAAAUAGAUGAAAAAAAGGCAAAAGGAAUAAUAUAUGAUAAAAUGUUAGAACACCUAUUCAUAUUGCGAAAGCAACAAUCUGAAGAGACAGAAUUGCAUCUUCCAGAAAUCUCUUGUAAAAAUUUACAAAAGAAAACUCAGAAAGCUGUAAAGAUAUAUAAAUUAUUUGAAAAAGUAGGUGUAGACAAUAUUAAGUAUAUUAUGACAUAUAGUGCGAACUCUAUUUCUGAGUUGACUAAUGAUAAAGUUCAAGAUAUCAUAGAUAAUUUCUUUAAACAUAAUGAUAGUGUUAACACUGAUGUGGAAGAAGUAUCAAGUCUUAUGACUGAGAUUUCAGCCAGAGGCUUCAGCCAAAAUUCAGCUGAGAUAAGUGAAUUAAUCACACCUAUUCCUCUUACAUAUGACUCUAAUUCUUUAGCUGAGGCAUAUUUUAAUGAUCCUAUGCCUUCGUCAAUGGAGAAAGGAACUAAUGAAGUUCAGACAGACUAUGAUAGUGAUUGUAGCCAUGACAAUGAUUCUGAAGAAGAUCAGAUAAGUGGACCCAUAGGACCAUUAAGUUCUAUGACAGUAUGA